AGACUUUUAGUCCGGUGAAGGAGGGGCGACUCUAAUGGCGCAUCGCAGCCCGACUGAUCCAGAUCCCCACAAAUAAACAACUGCAGUCGUUCACGAUCGUGCUUAACUUGUGCGCUUGUCGGUCGCGCCGUGUCGUAGCCUUGCUUCGCGCGUUUGCUCAUUGAGCAGAUCGGCUGGGUUUGUUUUUACCGGCUGUUCGGAGCGCAGAGGCCCAGAGGAAAGACGGCGAAUCGAGAAUAUGAAAGAAGCGUCACCAUGACUUCCAGAUUCAGUAAAACCUACACUCGGAAGGGAGGAGAGGCCAGCUCGAAGUUUGACGAGGUGUUCUCCAAUAAGAAGGCGACGCUUAGCACCAAAUGGGGAGAGACCACCUAUAAAGCCCAGCUGGGGGUCAAACGGCCCUCGUUCAAGCCGGAGGUCCCAGAGCUGACCAAACGGUCCCGAUUUGACGAUGACGACAGCUCAGAGGACCCGUUCGGCUUCGACAGCGAUGACGAGUCCAAAACCUUCAAGUCCAGAGGUACACCCCAGUCUGAGACGAGCUCAGAUGCGGCAGGGUCCGAGAACGAGCAGUCCAAACCUCAGACAACAGUGGCCAGAGAAAGCACUUCGAACGUCAACAGAGGUGUGGUUGCUCCAAACAGCCCAGCUAAAACGAUUGCGGCAUCAUCGCACGCUGCCGUAUCCGGAGGGGCUUGGACUAAAUCCAGCAUUCCUGUAAGCAAACCACUCUCCCAGACUUCUAGCUUAAAAACCCACAAUAGAAACUUCUCGGAUGACUGGGACUCUCCUGAGGAGGACUCAUCACCGUCUGCCGGAGAGGGAAGUUCUCAAGAUGGACUCAAGAGCUCGGAGCCAUGUCCCGCUGAGCCGGAACCUCCGGCAGAACCCGUCGACUUUGAACAGCUUCCGCUUCUUAAACCAUCCAGCGAUAGAGUGUACAAACGACCCAACCGGAAUAAAGGGUCUGAUAGCGGCGAUGCGGUGAGUUCUGCUGUGAUUUUUGCGCCGACGCCUGCCCCCGCGAACAGCAUCGUUGCGGGGGUUUCUGGUGGGACUACGGAGGUCAAACCUGCCGGUCGAGGCCGAGUGAGAGACUACACGAUUCUUCAUCCGUCAUGUGUGUCGGUGUGUAACGUCACCAUCCAGGACUCGAUCGAACGAAGUGUGGAUGAAUUGGUCACCCCGGUGCAAGCUGAUAUUGGAGAGGCAGGAACUUUUAGGAAGAAAACGGACACACAGCCUGCCAAGCCUAACAGGUUCAGGCCCACACAGAAUAAAAGCAAAAAAGAGACGAAACUGGAGUUUUUCGGCUUUGAGGAGAAUGAUGUUCAGGACGCAGACGGAGAGGCCACUGUGUCUGGCAGCACCAGCUACAAGAUCAAAUACUUUGGUUUUGACGAUCUGAGCGAAAGCGACAGUGAGGAAGAGGAUGAUUCAGAAGCUAAAGAGAAGAAGGAAAAGAAAGCUAUGGCCCUGUCGACCAGCGCUGACAGCCCGCAGAGCAACCACUCGCAGGAGAGUCAACUGAGCCAAAGCAGCGCAAACACAGACUCUCAAGAGUCGUUGGAUGAGACGGGCACCUCGGGCUCACAGAAGGAACCGCAGGGAAAGCAAAGCGACAAAUCAAAAGAGAUCGGACGCAAGAUCUUCAGCGGGCCAAAAAAAAGCUUGUGUUUGCGUUCAACGCAGUCUCCUGCUAAAGCCGUAUAUAACGCCCGUCACUGGAAUCAACCCGAACCGGAGGAAGUGCCGGCUCCUGUUUCCUCUCACACUGUGUCAGCACCUAAGCCCAGUGUGUCAAGCAGCAACAAGGAUACGAAUUCUCAUAAGGACGACGGAGUGUUUAAAGCCCCGCCUCCUCCUCCUAAAGUCAUCAAGUCGGUGACUAUGCCCACUGAGCCAUACCAUGACAUUGUCACUGCACUCAAAUGCAGAAAGGAGCACAAAGAGCUAUACACGGUGGUCCAGCAUGUGAAGCACUUUAAUGAUGUGGUGGAGUUUGGGGAGAACCAGGAGUUCACCGAUGACUUUGAGUAUCUGGAGACGGGAUUGAAGAGCACACAACCACUCAACACACGCUGCCUUAGUAUAAUCAGUUUGGCCGCCCGCUGUGCUGUGCCGAGUUUUCGCAUGCACUUGAGGGCCAGAGGGAAGGUGGCCCAGGUCUUUAAAAUGCUCAGUGAUUCCCAACAGCACCCGAACCUGGCUCUGUGCACAGCGUCUCUGAUGUACAUAUUGAGUCGAGACCGGCUGAACAUGGAUCUAGACCGGUCUUGUCUGGAGCUGAUGAUCAGGCUGUUGGAACUUGAACAGGAUGACUCCGUUGGAGACCAGCUGACAGCUAAAGAGAUUAGCAAAGUUAAAGAGAAGAUCCGUAAACUCUGUGAAACGGUGCACAACAAACAUCUGGACCUGGAGAACAUCACUACGGGUCAUUUAGCUAUGGAGACGCUUCUGUCUCUUACGUCGAAACGAGCCGGAGACUGGUUUAAAGAAGAGCUGCGUUUACUGGGCGGACUGGAUCACAUCGUUGAUAAAGUAAAAGAGUGUGUGGAGAACUUGAGUAAAGAAGACGAUAAAGAGAGUCUGGUGGCGUCUCUCUGGGGAGCCGAACGCUGUUUGCGGGUUUUGGAGAGUGUAUCUGUGCACAACCCAGAGAACCAGGCUUAUCUGAUCGCUUACAAAGACUCCCAGCUCAUAGUGUCCUCAGCAAGGGCUCUGCACCAUUGUGAACAGAUGAUCCAGCGUUACAGUCGAGAGGUCUCUUCAUCAUCUGACUCCGCCCUCUCGCAUAGCAGUCAUAGCAACGUGGGUAAAGCUGUGGAGGAUUGUAUGAGGGCUGUUAUUGGGGUUCUGCUCAACCUCACACAUGAUAACGAAUGGGGCAGUACAAAAACAGGUGAACAAGAUGGUCUGAUUCUGACAGCUCUGGACUCCGUUCUCAAGGUUCCUCGCUAUUUGCCUCAAGAGCAGAGAUUUGAUAUUCGCGUGCUGGGUCUUGGUCUUCUAAUAAAUCUGGUGGAGUACAGCGCCAGAAACCGACAUUAUCUGGUGGAGAUGGAGGUGGAUAUGAGCUACCUGCAUGAUACGGAGGUAUCCGUGAAGACUGAGAAUGAUGUGCAGAUAAAAGGAGAGGAGAAGACGAAGACUGAAGAGCAAAAAGAGGGAGAAGGCGAGAAGGGAAGCACAACACAGAAGUCAAUGUUCAAUGCCCUGGUGGCUCUGGUGCAGCUCUUUUUGGAACGGGAGCAAGCUGCCGUGUUAGCUGAGGCGCAGACUGAUGAUCUCAUCAGUGAGGCGCCCAAAUCUCAGGCAGACCAGAGCGGAGAAUGGCAAGAAACCUCUGGAGAGAUCCAGUGGGUUGAAUCAGAAACCAAUGACACAAAUGACAAGAAUGACAAGAAGGAGGAAGAGGAAGAAGAACUCGAUCUCAACAAAGCACUGCAGCAUGCUGGGAAACACAUGGAGGACAGCAUUGUGGCAUCAUAUACAGCUCUUCUGCUUGGGUGUCUGUGUCAGGGCAGUCCGAUGAAUGUGAAAACGGUGCGGGAAAGCCUUCCUAAGGGAGAUUUCUCUAUCAUGACUGAAAUGCUAAAGAAAUUUCUUAAUUUCAUGAAUCUGACAUGUUCUGUUGGAACCACAGGACAGAAGUCUAUCUCACGGGUGAUUGAUUAUUUGGAGCACUGUUAGCAGAGGUGUCCCUCUUCCGUGGGAUAAAUCUGGACCUGGCAACGUGCCUUAGGCCCUUCAGGACAGGAGACAGCAGCUCUGGUGGUAAAGAUGGGUCAGUUUCGCUUCAGUCAAGCCACCCGAGUCUCGCAUUUUCACUCAUUUUGCAUCGUGUGGUUUUCGAAAGCCGUCUCUUUUUCUUGCUCACACACUCUGGUGUGUGUUUUUAUGAUAUUUUGGUUUUAAAGAACUGAUCCUUGUUUUGAAUGCAAACCGGGCUUUGUAGUAGAACAAAAGAAUGUUGGACAAAAAGAAUGAAUUGUGUUUGCUUAUGGUAUAAUAAGGAUUUACACUAAACUUAUCUGUAACUUAUUGAUUUUUUUUUUAAACAUUCAUUUGAAACCAUGGUUCGGGUCUCCAUUACACCUGGCAUUAACAUGAACCUCUGGGGUCGGUUUCCCGGACAGGGUUUAGAUUAAUCCAGGUGUGCAUCUUGAGAUAAAAUAAUGACACUGAUAUAUGUUAAGAUAUGUCAGGGAAAGAGGUUUUAAAAUUAAGGCAGCUCAAACAUGCAUUUUAGUCUGAGACUAGGAUAAGCCCUGUCCAGGAAACCGCCCCCAUAAUUGGAUUUUACUUGCCCACAUUUAAAGCCAUACAGUGUAAAUGGAUCCGGUCAUUGAAAAAACUUUCGGAGGUGAUCAUGGGCAGUAGCCCGAGGACUUUGCAAACUCACAAUUGAGUAUUGUGGAAUGAAAUAGAUGUAUAUUUAAAGAUUUUAUCAACAUAACAGCUGAUUUUUUUAUGAGAAAGCGUAACUGAGCUGUUUCACAAAGCACAGCGAUUUGUUUAGUUCUGUUUUAAAAAAAAAGCUUUUCAAUGGACGACUCCUAUGAAACACUAAAUUUGUCAUUUGUUUAUUUUUUUCCGAUACAAAAAGUUAGGGAUGCACUUUUUUGUCGAUACCGAUUUAAACAGACAACAAUUGGCCGAUACUGAUUUUAAACUUGUAUACAAUACUAUACAGUUGGCCAAUAGCUAGUUUAUUUGUGCAUUUUUUUAUUAUUAUUUUUACUGAACAUGGAUUGGACUCUUAUGGUGCAUUCACACCAGCCGCAGUAGAGGCGCCAAAAGGUCAAGGUCCUGAUUGGUUAACGUGGUGCGGAAAUCCUCCAAAGUUCAGAUUUUUCAACUCGCGCUUUUCCCGCGGCAACGCUCAAUUCGCGCGUUCCGCGUCGCAGGAUAGCUAAUCACGUCUUUGCAUUGACUUAACAUGUAAAUCACUUGCGCUUGCCGCCUUUACCGGGUCUGGUGUGAACCCUGCAUUAUGCUACGUACACAUCGAACGCGUAGCAUCGCGUUGUUCGGUCUAGAUUACUCGCGGGAUUUAACUUUGUGUCAUGACAAUUAUUGCACGAAGGUGCGUUUGAGGCGAAUAGCGCGUUUUCUGGCAAUUGUGUGCCUAAUAGUUUAUGUAAUUUAUCCAUGCAAAUCGUUGAACUCGCGUUUGGUGUGUAUGCCCCAUAACUCUGACUGCAGGGUUCACAUGAAUGAGUAAUCUCUCACGUGACUAACUAUGUGAUUUACUAUUUUUUUUUCCCCCAUCGCAUGUCUGACAAACUAUAAUUUGUACAGAUUUUAUUUUGUAUUAAAUUAUUUUGAUGAUAAUUUUUUUUAAAUGCUGGAUUAUGCAACAAACAUGCAAUUUAUUGCCUUUACGUAGUUAAUUAAUAAACAGUCGGUAUCUCGUGCUAUUGCCCAUAUGCCGAUGGUUUCAAACUCAUAAAAAAAUCGCCCGAUACAUCGGUGCAUCUUUACUAAAAAUUUAACUAUUAGAUUUUAAUAACAACAACAAAAAUACCUGAUGAUAAAAGUUUUGAAAAGAUGGAACUUCGUGUCCUUUGUGGCUUUUUGAUCAUUCACAAUCUCCUAUAGUUUGAUCUUUUUUAUAUGUGAAAAGUCAUCUCUCAAAUAUCCAAUGUGAAACACCUUGAGUUACCAAUAAAUGAGUUUUAGUUUCUUUUGAUAAAAUAUUUUUGUUUUAUAGUUUGUGCUGUGGCGCCCAUUUUAUGUAUCGUUUAAAAAAGACGACUCUUGAAUUGUUGUUUUAAAGCAUUUUAAUAGGUAAAUAAAUGCAUCAUAAUAUGUAUUCUUUAAUUUAAACACUCUGAUUUUAAUAUAAUAGAAUGAAAUUUGUUUAAUUUUAUGAUUUUUUUCUUUCUUUGAUGUGAUGUGUGGAAAAUUUAUUUGUAAUUUUCAUUUUUUGUGUAUGUAUUCAGCUGAAUGUGGUCAUGCGGUAUGGCUUGAAGCUGCUGAAAGAAAAAAACAUGCAUCUUUUUUCCAAGCAAAAGUGUCCUAUAUUCCUUUCAGAUCUUUGCAGAGCCAUAUGGAGUAAACUUCUUCUAUUUUGUAAAACUGAAGCGAGUUUUACGAUAAGUUAAUUUACAGAUCUGAAUUUUGAUGCUUUCUUCCUUCCUUUCUUUCAAAAUGUACAUAUUUCUGUAAAUAGUUGCUAUUUGAUGUUUGACCGCUAGACUACUUUCACCCUUCAACCUUGUUUUUUAUACUUCCCCCUUGGUUGCAUUAUUUUAGAUAAAGUUACAAUGAAAUAAAAAUAUAAAUAUAUCAAAUAUAUAUAUUAAAGGAUUUGUACCAUUUUCCAAGAUGUUGUCUUUGGUUACAUUGUAAAUAAUUUGACCUUGAAUAAAUAAUUGCUACUUUGAA